AACCUUUCUCUCUUUUUAGCAGCAUUAUAAUGCACAUUCCAAUUGAUAAGCUGUCCAUUCAUCGGAAAAGCCCCGAGGAAAUGUCUGAGCGAAACGCUUUUCAACAAUUGGCAACGUCCAGCUCAAUCAAAUAAAUGCGCCAUUGACAAGAUUUCUAAAAUAUCAACGAAAAAUACGAGCUGCAAAGCAAACUAAUAGGCAUAAAGGACAGUAAAGAAUAGAGAAGGCAGAAAACUUGCCUCUUCAGCCAAUUAAUUUUUUUUUUUUUGUAAACUGUGACGCUGUGCGCGAAAAGCCUUCAAAAUUACGACGUAUCACCCACCCACGCCCAAAGUCAAACAGAACCCGGCCAAUAUGGACAGCACAUCCGGGCCGGGUGCGUUUGACGAUGAGCCGCCGCCAGAACCCCGGGAUGGCUGGCUACUGGUGCGCAUCCAUGUGCCGGAGCUGAAUGUCUACAAGUGUCUUCAGUUCCCAUCGGAGCGUCUCGUCUGGGAUGUCAAACAGCAGGUGCUCGCCUCACUGCCAAAGGAGCUUAAGGAGAGCUUCAACUAUGGCCUCUUUGCGCCGCCCUCCAAUGGCAAGGCGGGCAAAUUUCUGGACGAGGAACGACGCCUGGGCGACUAUCCAUUCAAUGGACCAGUUGGCUAUCUGGAGCUCAAGUACAAGCGUCGCGUGUAUAAGAUGCUGACCCUGGACGAACGCCAGCUGAAGGCGCUGCACACACGCGCCAAUUUGCGUCGCUUCCUGGAGUGCAUCAAUGGCGGGCAUGUCGAGAAGAUAGCCAAGAUGUGUGCCAAGGGCCUCGAUCCCAAUUUUCAUUGCUCAGAAAGCGGCGAGACGCCGCUCUCCGUGGCCACCGGCGCCAAGAAGCCCAACAAGCUGCUCAUUGCUUUAGUCAAUGGCGGUGCUCUGCUGGACUAUCGCACCAAGGAUGGCACCACGGCGCUUCAUCGAGCCGUCGAACAUGACUCGCUCGAGGCAGUUAGCACACUGCUGGAGCUGGGCGCCUCGCCCAAUUAUCGUGACGGACGUGGAAUAACGCCCCUGUACAUUUCCAUAACACGCAAAUGCGAGGCCAAGAUCACGGAGAGCCUUUUACACGAUCACGCCACGCUGGGCAUACAGGACAGCCAGGGCUGGAACGAGGUGCAUCAGGCCUGUCGGCAUGGCCUGGUGCAGCACUUGGAACACUUGUUGUUCUACGGUGCUGACAUGGAUGGACGCAAUGCGUCCGGUAACAGCCCGUUGCAUGUUUGCGCUGUUAACAACCAAGAGGCUUGUGCUAGAAUGCUUCUCUUUCGCGGCGCACAACGCGGUGCCCAGAACUUUGCCAACCAAACUCCCUAUCAGGUUGCUGUCAUCGCUGGCAACUUGGAACUUGCCGAAAUAAUUGAGAACUACAAAUCUGAGGAUAUUGUACCCUUCCGGGGACCACCGCGCUACAAUCCGAAGCGCCGCUCGGGCAUCGGCUGGCUGAGCGCCAACGGGGCCGCUGGCGCUGGGCUGCUUGCUGCGGCUGCCGGUGGGCUGGAUGGUGCAGGGGGCGCUGGUGCCGGGCCAGGUGGCGGCAUGUGUGUGAAUGGCAACGGAGGCGGGAGUCUGAUGGGCACGCUCUCGCGCCAGCAACUGCAGCAGCUGCAGCCGCACCAGACCCAGAACCAGCCCCAUAACCAUAACCAGCACGUGCAGCAUUUGCACCACCAGCACCAGCACCAGCAGCCGCAUCUGCAGCUGCACGGCCCGCCCUCGCCCUGUCCAUCGGAGCACAUGCUGGGCGCCUACAGCUCGGCCAGUUCGAGCCUAUCCGAGGGCUCGUCGGGACACCGCUCUCACGAGGACGACAUCAGCAUUGUGACAGAUAAAUCGCUGGGCGACACCAGCGACAUCAUCAGCGACUCGUCGGGCGUGGGCACCAAUUCGGAUUCGGCGGCCUGCUCGAUCGGGCAUCCCAGCACCACGGUGGUGUGCAUGGAGCCCUAUGCGGGCAAUACAGUGGGUCACAUACGGCUGCAGCCGGGCGAUGUGAUCGAGGUGGUGGGCAGCACCGACUGCGGCCUGCUCGAAGGUUAUGUGCGCGGCACCAAUCAGUCGGGCUUCUUUCCCGCCGACUGCGUGCAGGAGGUGAAUCUGCGCCAGAAGCACAUCACAAAUGUGAUGACCGCCAGCACGGGCAUGGCUGCUCCACAACAGCAGCAGCCGCUGCAGCCACAGCCCGCCUCCUACCAGGGCUCGCCCCAACUGAGCCUGGGCGGGCACUCGGGCAGCUCUAGCACGCUGCUUCAUCAGCCCCAUCAGUCGCCCUCGCUCUCGAUGACCAGCAACGGCUCCUGCCAGCAGCAGCAGCAACAUCUGGCGGAGGGCAAUGGCGGCCACAUGGGCAACAACUCCAUUGGACAAUACAGCAGCGCCACAGCGCCUCGGAUCAAGAAAGGGGCCUACAAUGCGCCCCGCUCCGUGGUGCUGCAUCGAGCCAAGCGCGGCUUUGGCUUCAUUUUGCGCGGCGCCAAGGCCAGCUCUCAGUUGAUGCAGCUGCGUCCCUCCGAGCGCUUUCCGGCGCUGCAGUACUUGGAUGACGUGGAUCCCGGCGGUGUCGCUGACAUGGCCGGACUGCGUCCGGGCGACUUUUUGCUCACCAUCAACGGCGAAGAUGUCAGCGCCGCCUCGCACGAACAGGUCGUCGAGAUGAUACGCUCGGCGGGCGCCCUGGUCAACAUGACCGUUGUCUCGCCACAGUUUCCGCUCCAGAUGCAGGCUAGCGCUCAGUACUUGCCGAGUGGCGCACGCGCCGGCAGCCAACAUCUGAACAGUGGACCCAGCACGCCGCAGAGCGCGCACCGCCAGUGCGCCACGCUGCCGCGUAAGAUGUCCAUGGGCCCGGGCAGUCAUGCCAGCGGCAGCUCCGCCUCGGGCGGCGGUGGCAGCGUGCGCAUGGCGCCCAUGCCGCCACGACGUGAUCCCAAGACGACGCUUAGUGUGGGACGUGCCAGGGCCAAGUCUAUGGUCGCCGGCCUGGAGAAUGGCGGCGAGAAGGAGCAGGACGAGGUGCCGCAUACCAAAUCCAAUUCGGUGGAGUCCAUUGCAACGCCCACACCCACACAUCCGGGCACACCGGUACAGCUGCGCACGGCCAGCAUCAAGGCGCGGCCCACAUCCAGCCGCAUAACCGCCGCCGAGCUGGAGGAGCUCUUCCAGCGGCAGCAGGGCGAGGGCAGCGCCUCGAGCGCCAGCCGUUAUGCGACCAUGAUGACCAGCUCGCGCUUCCAGUCGGGCACGGACAGUGGUGCCGCCACGCCCCCAGCUGCCAAUGGCUCACCCAUGCGCACCGGGCCGCUGGUCUAUGGCAGCGUAGCCGAGAUGAAGCGCAAGACGGCCAGGAGCAAGCACGGUAAUGGCACGCUGCGCGGCAAGCCAGUGGCCACGCCCACAGUAGGUGGGGCGAUUGUUGGCAGCGGUCGCGAUCUGAAGCGUUUCCACUCAACGCCCGAUCUGCACGGGCCGCAGCUGCACGGCUCCGCCUCGUCCAUCUGGCAGGCGGCGGGCAAGGGCCACCACUCGCAGGACGACGUGGCCACAUUGCACGCCUCGCUACAGCGCCUCAACACGGCGGGCCACAAGGAGGAGAGCAAAGCUGCUGCUGCUGCUGCUGCUGCUGGUGGAGCAGUGCUGCCGCCGCCCAAUCACCCACCGCCGCCGCCGCCCGUCGGCCAGGUGGUCAAGGUGGAGACGCGCAGUAGCGUAUCGGAGUACGAGAGCACAAUAUCCUUGCAACAGAAGCUGAAGAAGCGCGCCGAGAACGACGCAGUCACCUCGGCGGCCAUCGAUGGCGUCCAGAGCAGCUUCAAUCCAUCGGCCAAUGCCAAGAUCUAUGCCUCGCCGCAGGAGCUGCGCAACGUGAUGGCCUGGAAGCUACGGCAGGCGCAGGAGAAGCCGCAGCAGGAAGCCGCCUCACAGCAACAACAGCAGCAGCCGCAGCAGCAACAUGUCAGUCAAUAUGCGGCGCCCACUCAGCUGCGUGCCCAGGCACCUGCUUCAGCCGGCUCCCAUUAUGCGGCGCCACAGCUACAGCAGCCACAGCCGACAACAGCACAAGCCGCAGCAGCAGCAGCACCUCAAUCGCCGCCAGCUCCGCCACCGCCGGCGCCACAACCACCGCCAGCAGCAGCUGCCGCACAAGAGCAGCAGCAGGCGAAUGGCAAUGCAACGGCAACUGUUGCAGGUGCCACAGCUGGCGCGGCACCGCCCAUUCCCGAGCCGGAUUACAGCUGCAGCGAGUCGGAUGGCGAGGAUGAGAACUCGAUUCUGGUGGCGCGCAACACGAAGCUCAAUGAGAAAAUUGCGCUUUUCGAUGUGCCGGAAACAAGCGGCAACAGUCAGGCCAGCGGCAGCAGCUCUGCCUCUGGCUCAGGUGCCUCCAUUUCGCACUCGCUGUCCGUGGAGGAAAUUCAGCGCAUACGCAGCAAUCUUAAGACCUCCAAGUCCUCGCCCAACGGCUUCCUCAAGAAGGAAGACGAGCAACAGCAGCAACAGGCGCAGCAGCCGCAACAGUUGCUGCCACAGCCUGCUGCUGGCGAGGACGAGUGCGACAACAGCAGUUCCGGCGUGAGCAGCGAUCAGGAGCUACUGGCUACGGGCGUUGGCAAGCCCACGGAUACCAUCAAGAAGAAGCCAAGCGUGACCAUUGUCGAAGAGCCCAAGACCAUACCCGAUCCGCCGGCUAAGCCCCUGGCCAAGACAACCAUCAGUAUUGGUGCAGCAACAGCAACAGCAACAGCAACAGCAACUGUUAAGCAACUAGUGCAGCAGCAACAUGCACCAGUCAUACAGCAGCAGCAGCAACAGCUGAGCAGCAAGCCAGCUACAACUGUUGCUAACAAGCUGCCAGCAACAGCAGCAACAGCUCAAAUCAAAUCGAAUCAGCCGGUGCUCAGUCCUCAAGUGCUGGGCCGCAUACCCAAUGUGCAUCACCAGCAACAGCUGCAGCAGCAACAGCAGCAGCAGCAGCUGCAUCAUCAAUCGAAUCCCAAUCUGAAGCUGAUUGCCACACAGCAGCAGAUACUGCAGCAGCAACAACAGCAACUGGCGCAUCAGCAACACUUGCAGCAGAUACUCAAAGCCAAAGCAGCGGCCGCUGGUGGCGCCAGCACUGCCGCCCUGGUCGCCAAACAGCAACAGCAGCUGCACAAGAGCCACGACUCGGAGCUAGAGCAGCGCUCCGAUCUGGAUGAUGAUGACGGCGAGCUAAGUCCGUCGCCGCCGGCCAAGGCCUUUCAGCGCCACAAUUCGCUCACGCGUAAACAGGCGGCGGCCAUUGCCAUGCAGCGUGGCGCCACGCGCACCACCGCCGUCUCGCUGGUCCAGUUGCCGCCGCCCCUCGAGGCAGACAGCGACGGUGAGCCAACACAGCAGCAACAUCUACAGCACCACCAGCAGCAGCAGCAGCAGCAGCAGAUGGCCACGCAUAUUGUGGGCAUGCUGCCCAGCGGCCAACUGGUGGCUGUGCCUUCUGCUGCCGUUGCUGCUGCUGCUGCUGUGCCGCAGCCGGGCAACAACAAUCUGCAGCUGUGCACCGAGAAUCUGGUACUGGCGCCGCCGCCGCAAUUCUGUGAUUGCAACGAUGCCAAACACACGCCACAGUACCAUCCACAGCAACAGCAGCAGCAGCAGCAACAUCUGCAGCAGCAACAGCAGCAGCUACUGCAGCAGCAGCAGCGUCACCAGCAGCAACUGCAAUUGCUGCAACAACAACAUCAGCAGCAGCAGCAGCAACAACAGCAGCAGCAGCAACAACAGCAGCAUCAGCGGCUGUCUGGUGGCGCUGGCGCUGGCGCAGUGGGCACCUUGGGCCGUGUGCGCAUUGUCGGCGCCAUGCCCAAGGCCAAUCAUCACAGACUGCACUAAAGCAAUCGAUAUAUAGUAUAUAAUCGAUAAUUCAACAAUUUGCCAAAAACGUUAAAACGUUAACUAGAAUUACAUCAAACAGUCAUUGCCAUUCACAACGAAUAGCUGCACUCGAAAUUACGACACACACACUCACACACACACACACACACACACACAUGCGCACCUUGGCAACAUGUUGCCAGCAACAUGUUUUCGAAUCAAUUUUAAUUGCAACAUGUAUGCAAAUGCUAUCGAUGUAUAUUAGUAAAAUUAACAUUUAAUUGAAAAGCAUAAAAAAAUAACAUUCAAGUUCAAAGCAUGUAAAAACAUAUACUAAAAAAAUCACGAUAACAAAAAGGUAAUUAGUUAAUAACGCAAUAUGGCACGAGCACGAUUUUUAAUUUGUUUAAUUUCGAAAAAAAAAAACAAAAGAAAGAAUUGUUCUUUUAUUUUAUUAUAUUUAUUGCGUGUGAUAUAAAUUUAUGUUUGCGGCGUAAACGCAGCAAAGUAGAGGAAAGUGAAAAGAAGAAGCAAAAAUAUUGAAAUAUUUUUAAUCGAGCAUUCGAAACAUGUUUGCAAUAUUUAAGUAAAAUUCAAUCUAUGUAAAUCUUAAACAUUAAGUUCUUAAAAUUGAAAACAAACUGAACCUAUUACGAAAGACUCAGUUUGUUUUCGAGCUGCACAAGUGGAAAUUUUGGCAACUGUUGUGGAAAUGCUCAAUCACAAAUGUUUGCAUUAUGGUUUUCCACAACAAAUGCCCGUGACAAGCGUUAAUCAUUAGCCUAAGCAUCGAGUGUUUAACUAGAAGCUAGAACUUUGUUUCAAGUGCAUUUCAACUGCAUUUCAAUAUCCAUCCAUUCAUCAAUAUUCACGCGUUCGAAUGCACAAACCAUUCAACACUCACAUCUAAUCUAAAGUUUAGUGCUACUUUUUAGAGGAACAAAAGUAAUCAUAAUAAUAAUAAUAAUGAUAAUAAUGAUACUAAUAGAGUUUGAAUUUGGGCAUUUAGUCGAGUCGAGUCAAAUGAAAUACAGUAAACUAUACUUAACUAAAUCACUGCAAGUAAUUAACUAAUUAACAAUUGAACGCAUUUUUAAAAAGCAUAUUUAAUAUAACUUAUAACGAGCGGCAAAACUUUUGUAAGCGUACAUUUUUGGUAGUAAAAUUUACAGAUUUAUACUUUUAACGCCCUUUUUGUAUAAUUGUUUUUUAGAGAGAAUCUUUAACUUGCGCAAGUAUUACAAAGUAAAAUUGAAAGACACAUAAAGAUAAUAUAAUUCAAAUAUAACGAUAAUAAUUUUGAAAUUGAAAGAGGUUCUCAAGUAUUUGCAGGCACUUGCCGCAAAUGAACCCACAGAAAUGCGUAUUCACAAGUAACAAUUAUUAUAACUAAGGCUGAUUUUAUUGCAUAAUAGUACGUGCAACAUGCAACGUGCAACAUUUAACAUUGAUUACUAGCAAUUAACCACAUUUAAAAACUCAACUAAUGCAACAAACAGGCAACAGGCAAAGGCAUUUACACUGUUUAAGCAAAACCCGUUAAAUGAAAGUGUCGCAAAUAAUUUAUAACUAAUAAUAAUAAUAAGCUAAAUAUUUAAACAUUUAGUAUUGGCAGGCCGCACCUUUGCACUAGCAUCUAAGUGUUGAAAAGUUAUUAAUCAUAGCCCCACACAUACAUACAUACAUGCAUACAUACAUGCAUUCACACACACACACACACGAAUGCACACGCACAUAUACAUGAAUAUUGGCAGAGCUAAACUCUAAUUAGAUUUAGCACACUAUUUAGUUCCCGCAAUAGUUUCUAAUUAUUUGUAAAUCGUUUUUAGUUCAACACCUGCCCCCCAACCCUCUUCCCUUUUAGCCCUCUAAUUUUAGCCAAGCUUGUUUUAUGUUUAAGUUAACUGCGUGGAUAUAUCCAUGUCGAGUUGUCAUGCACGUCCUACCUAUCAGAACUAUACCAUAUAAUAUAAAACACACACACAUACACAUAGAUCGGGUACAUGCAAAGUAAGCGAAUAUGAUAAAUAUGCUAUACACAUUUAUAAUGUUAAACAAUUGAAGCACACAUACAUACACACACACAUUGAAUGUAUUUACAAUUGUGGAAUAUAAUUAUAUUAAGUCAUAAAAUAUGCAAUUAUGUAUUAUGAACAUGCGUAUAAAGAAAUCAAUAAAUAUGAAUGAAAAUUA